AUAACAAAUUAAUUAAUUAAGAUACCUCAAAACCAAAAGAACUUAUUAUUUCAUAAUUAAUACAAAAUAAUUAUAUAUUAAAAUACACAGAUUUAGAGAGAGAGAGAGAAGAGGAAGGUCUGUCUGUGUUUCUGGUUUUGCCUUACUGUCAUGCACUUUAGGGGAGCUUUGGCUUUGGCAUGACUCGUCGGAAUUUGCUAAAAGGAAAGCUCAAAAAGUGAUAUUCACUUUAAUCUCUGCCUUCUCUCAAUUACAAUCUUUCUCUCAUUGUUAGGGUUUUAAAGAAUCUCUCCAAAGCCUAAUCUAGAAUCCGAUCCUGUAAAAACUAAAACCCCACUUGGGUUUUUUCCUACUUUUGUUUGUUUUCUCUUUACAGACUUUUUUUUUUCUCCCAAGUGAGUUUCUUUCUUCUUUUCCUCUGAUUCAAAUUUGGAUCGUUUUUCUUUUCCUCGAAUCAGGUUGUUUUUAGUAUUUGUGGUUUCGGUGACGAAUCUCUCUCUCUCUCUCUCUCUGGGUCGGUUGUGGGUUUGGUAAAGACUUGAUUGGGUUUUUUAUUUUUGUUUCUUUACUUGGUUUGAACUUUCUUUCCCUUCGAUGAUUCCUAGGGAAAUUGAUAAGUUCGAGUAGAGACCCAAAUUUAGAAUUUUAUUGUGUUACAGUUCCUUCCUUCAGUUUACUCUUUGCUUUUCUCGAUUGGAGGCAGACUUUGUAUUUUGAAGCUUUUGGAUAUUAGAGCUAUCAGGGUUUUAAUGGCUUCCCAGGUGAAUAACGAUGGCGUUGAGAAAUUGUUAGCUGCAAGCAAGUCAUUGAGGGUUAGCUUAGAGAAAUCAAAGUCCCUAGGGUUAGCUCUACAGAAGACAGGACCUAGAUUGGAAGAGAUUAACCAACGAUUACCUGUCUUGCAAGCUGCGGUGAGACCCAUUCGUGCUGAUAAGGAUGCCCUUGUGGCGGUGGGUGGUCAUAUUAACCGUGCCGUUGGACCUGCAGCGGCGGUGCUUAAGGUUUUUGAUGCUGUUCAUGGGCUUGAAAAGUCGUUGUUGUCCGACCCUCGAAAUGAUCUUCCUGGUUACUUAUCUGUGUUGAAACGUUUGGAAGAGGCUUUGAGGUUUCUGAGUGACAAUUGUGCCUUGGCAAUUCAAUGGUUGGAUGACAUAGUGGAGUACAUGGAGGAUAAUGCACUUGCGGACAGUGGCUACCUUUCUAGCCUGAAGAAAUCGCUGAAAAGUCUGAGAGAAUUCGAAAAUGCUGAGGGAAAAUCUCGGUUGGAUGGUGGGCUUUUAGAAGCUGCACUGGACAAAUUGGAAAAUGAAUUCAAACGCCUCCUUACUGAACAUAGUGUGCCACUUCCAAUGUCAUCAUCGACUGGGGAACAAGCCUGCAUUGCACCUUCACCGUUGCCUGUUGCUGUCAUCCAAAAGUUGCAGGCCAUUCUAUGGAGGUUGAUUUCUAAUGAUAGGCUUGACAAGUGCAUAUCUAUUUAUGUUGAAGUCCGUAGUUCAAAUGUAAGGGCAAGCUUGAAGGCUCUCAAUUUGGAUUAUCUUGACAUGUCAAUCUCAGAAUUCAAUAAUGUGCAAAGCAUCGAGGUUUACAUAGCACAGUGGGGAAAACAUUUGGAGUUUGCUGUGAAACACUUGUUUGAGGCAGAGUAUAAGCUCUGUAAUGAUGUUUUUGAGAGGAUUGGAGUGGAUGUUUGGAUGGGCUGUUUCUCAAAGAUAGCUGCUCAGGCUGGGAUACUUGCAUUUCUUCAAUUUGGGAAGACUGUCACAGAGAGUAAGAAAGAUCCCAUAAAGCUGCUGAAGUUGUUGGAUAUAUUUGCAUCUUUGAACAAAUUGAGACUGGACUUCAACCGUCUUUUUGGUGGAGCGGCAUGCAUGGAAAUCCAGAACCUCACAAGGGAUCUCAUCAAGAGGGUAAUUGAUGGAGCGGCUGAAAUUUUCUGGGAGCUCUUUGUUCAGGUGGAGUUGCAAAGGAAGAAUCCACCUCCUCAAGAUGGAAAUGUUCCCAAAUUGGUCAGUUUCAUUACUGAUUACUGUAAUAAGCUGCUUGGGGAUGGCUAUAAGCCAAUCCUAACCCAGGUUCUUGUCAUUCACCGAAGUUGGAAGCAUGAAAAGUUUCAAGAGAGGCUCCUUAUCAACGAGGUGUUGAAUAUAGUUAAGGCCAUUGAGCUAAACUUGGAGACAUGGAUAAAGGCUUAUGAAGAUACCACCUUAUCAAACCUGUUUGCAAUGAACAAUCAUUGGCAUCUGUUCAAGCAGCUGAGGGGAACUCAACUUGGGGAUCUUUUGGGGGACCACUGGUUCAAAGAACAUGAACAAUUCAAGGAGUAUUAUGCAGCAGUCUUUUUAAGAGAUAGCUGGGGUAAGCUACCAAGUCAUUUAAGUAGGGAGGGCCUAAUUUUGUUUUCUGGCGGCCGUGCCACCGCUCGUGACCUUGUCAAGAAAAGGUUGAAAACUUUCAACGAAUCUUUUGAUGAAAUGUACAAGAAGCAGUCAAAUUGGGUUAUCCCAGAUAAAGAUCUGAGGGAGAAAACAUGCCAACAUAUAGUGCAGGCAGUUGUGCCCGUGUACCGAAGCUACAUGCAGAACUACGGCCCCUUGGUUGAGCAAGAUGCAAGCUCCAGCAAGUAUGCUAAAUAUUCAGUGCAAACCUUGGAGAAAAUGCUAAUGUCUCUCUACCAGCCCAGACCAGGGAGAUACAACAGCUUCAAAGGUAGAUCACCAAGUGGGAAGUUCAAUAACGGAGUGCAACCAGAGCAUCGUCGAACUACAUCUGCAGUCAUGUGACUAUAAUAAUGCCAGAGCUAUGACUUUUUUUUAUCUGAAUGAAUGAUGAGCCUUUCACUUUGUAUAUAAGUUCAUCCUCAGGGAGGGUGGGGUGCGUAUAAACACUAUCUGUUGAUUGUAGAAACUGGGCCACAAAAGUUUUUACUUCUUCCAAAUGUUAUGUUAUCCAUUCCAUUCUUUGAGGUUGCCUUACUUAUGAGAUGGAAAUUUUGUUAUUGGGUUGUAGAAGAUGGAGUCUGCCUGACUAUCUGAGGCUAAGGAUCUCGCCAACUCGUGGGGACUUCCAAUAUCUCAUACAUACAACCAUCUCAACUUCAGCGCCCUCAGUCAUUUCAUAAUUAAUAUGUAUUGUUUCAGGUAUAGCUAUCAAUUUUUCUUUCUUUUCGACUCAUUAUUGUUUCAAUAGGCAGGCAGACAGGCACCAGGAAAAACUUUAUAGUUGGGUAGAAUUGGUGUAAAAUUCUUUCAUAUAAAGUGCAUCUACAGGUCUAGCUGUUAUUGAUUUUCUUUACUUGUCAGAAAUUGUGGGGGUUAUUAGGGAAAGGGGAGUAAGUUAGUAUAAUAGUGUAAAAUGUUACAUGUCAGGGCAGGGGCCUUCAUGAGAUGAGAGAUGCAUCUUGUGGUGUACUUAAUAUUGUUUGUUUAGAACUUGCAAGUGUAUUAAAGGCUAAAGCCAUUAGUUGUUUCGGACAAUAAACUAUCUAUGUAACCCAUUUCUUGCAUUUUCUUAAUUCUGUGAUUAAUAUAUAUGCUUUGCUUCUUCAA